UCCCAGAGCAAAACGUUUUCCCUCUUGCAGACAAUGGAUCAUUUCAGUGAGCUGACGCUGGCUCCCAGCAAGCCAGAUAAGUGCUUUCUGCCAGGCACUUGCUCAAAUCAGUGCCAGCCCCAGAUAUGCUGAUUGCCUUUCUCCAUCCCGUUGAGUGGGAGAGAAGCCUUUGUGCGCAACCCUGGUAAUCACGGUGGUGUUUCUGGGCGAAGGGAGGUUGCUGCUGGUCCCCUUGGUUACAUGGUCACCGAUUCUGGCCACUGUAUCUCCAGCCCGUUUUACUUUCCAGAGAGGGGAUGUCACUUUGGAAAAGGAAUUUUUCCUGCCUGGCUCUGCUUUUGAGGCUCUGAACAGCUCUUUCCAAGACCUCUUUCCUGAACCCUUGGUCUAAACCUUGCACGAGGUUGGCUAUAUGUGCUCAUUAAACCGGGAAUUAAAUAAUGUAGGAAUGCUGCUGCUUUGAUGUCUUCUCUAUUAUGGAGUUUUACUUAGAAGUUGAGGCUUUUUAAGUGAUUGUGUGGGCUUUAGCUAAGCAAUGAAAGAAGCCUUGUAAACAAUGAGCCUUUGUAACGAAGGCAGAGUAAGCGUAAUUAUAACCUCUCCUAUGAAAAAUUGUCCAAUUUUUGUGUGCAUCAAAACUAACUGGACGGUGUUGUGCCUUUCCAGGUAACGAGGUGGUCUUUAAGACCAGCUCCAGGGAGCGAACGCAAAAUGAGCAGCAGAGGACAGUGCAGAGGACGCAGAGGGCACUCAGACUGAGCCGAGAGGAUUCGAAGAUGUCCGCGUGCAGCGAAUUUGUGGAACACGUUUGGAAGCCCGGCUCCUGCAAGAACUGCUUCAACCCAAAGAGUUCCCAUCGGCUUCAAACGCCCCCUGACGCGGGUGCUUGCGGCGUGCCACCGAAUGGCGUCGGGACCAAGCCUGAGAGCCCAGUGUUGGAAGACGAAGGUGUAAAUACCUCCUCUUUCUCGAAGCCAACAAUUGCUGUGAAGCCGACUAUGAUAAACUCGGAUGGUUCUGACACGUGGGCGGAUGUGAACAUGAAUUCAGAUCUGUCGCAGGUCAGCUGGGUUUCUGGCAAACACCUCCUUCUGAAACCGGGAGAGGCACAGAGGAUCUGCCUCGACAGUUUUGGCAGUGGUGGUAUGAGGAAGUCCUUCAUGCACAACCCACCGAAUGACUGCUCAUCUUGCUGCCCUCCUAGCUACUCCGUGGUGGGUCUGCACAGCCUGGAAAGCCGGGUGGAGAGAAACGUCUCCAUCCACAGCCUGGUGUUUGUCGGAGAGGUGAGCGGGCAGGAGGACAGAGCCAAAGACAAGUUCACCCUGCCGCAUCGGGGCUUCUGCCCUAAACCAUCUGCUUUGGGGGAAAGAAGCGCUACGGACUCCAGCAGGAGCCCUGCUUUCCAGGCAAGAGACGGAGUGGCGCGCUCCUCGGAGGGCAGUUAUAGUCAGUCCUCUCCUGGCUUUGAAAGUGAAGGGGGCGAGUACUGUUCAAUUGCCGACUGUCGCAGAGAGCACCCCAUCUCCCAGGAGCCACCCUGCGUGGCGGGCAAGGGCUCCUGGGGUGAGAAGGAGAGCCCAGCUUCCUGGGGUUGGAGGCACCGGGAUGCUCCCGAGAUUCCCCGGCCAAGCGGCCGGUCAGUGAAGUUCAGCGAAGAGGAGCGCAGAGCUGUGAACGUGGCCUUCUGCAUCCCAAAGGACCAAGGCGACCCUCUGCCCUACGCCUUGUGCUCGGAGAGGAAAAAAUUGGCCCUCCGCUUGGAGGCUGCCACACUGCCUGACAGCGCUCCCUUUGGUUUACUGCAGGACGAUGAUGGCUCUCCUCUCCUCAGAGACUUGGAUGUCAGUGGAGGCCCCCGACCUGAGGGCUUGAGUGCUCCUCAGCAGGCGUUGGUGGAGCCACAGCACUCCCGUCUCGCUGAGCCAGCCCGCGGUGAUCCCAUCUACGCUGAGAGCACCAAGAGGAAGAAGGCGCAGCUGAAGAGCAUCGAUGGACACGCAAAGCCAGACAAGCUGGCCUGCAGCCCUGGCAAGGAGCAAGCUGAUGGCACGUGGAGGGACGGUGGCUGGACUUUGAGCACUGAGAAGGAGUACCAAGACUCCACCGCCCAGGUAGCAGCAAAGAUAACUAUUAUGACCGCACACACAGAGGAUGACCAUAAGACUAUAUUCCUCAGCAGCCCUGACUCGGCCGUGGGAGUGCAGUGGCCAUGCAUUAGUCCCACUUCCCACCCCGACUUUGGGACCUCUUCCCCUGCCUUUGAGCCUGCAGAGAUCUUUCAAGUGUCCGGAAGUGAAAAUGGCCCACGAUUUCACCUGGCAGCUCCUGCCAAGACCUCAGUUGCUGAGAGCCCAGCCAUUCCCCCAAAGCUGUCCAAAAACAGCCAGGCUGGUAGUGAGGGGAGUCGCGUGCCCCCGAUCAGCUCCCCGGUGGCAAGAUUUGGUGACGACAACAGCCACGAUGGAGCCAGUGCUCACCUGCUGCCGAGGAGCUGUACGGAUACAGGUGCCUUCGGAGUGUCCCCCGCUCCGUGUGCUCAUGUUAGCGGGGUCCUUGUAGAGGAGUCCAACAGAGGCAUGGCAGGCUCACCCUGCGACAGGAGGCAGAAAUACUGCACCCCGGCAUGGAGCAAGCAGUGCCGGAUAGAGGAAGAGGAGGAAGAGGAGGAGCAGGGGCUUGUAACCCCCCCGCGGGCGGGGGGAGCAGAGAACGGAAGAGCUGGUGCCCACCUCGUGGAUGACUGCUCGAUGCUGGAGAGCCAGACUGCGCUCAGCAAGUCGUCCUCUUUCUCCUUUGAUUUCCCUAAAGGCGAGAGCAACAGUGUGGAAUUUGCACCGCCACCACCGCCACCAAAAAAGCAGUCCAGGCAUGCUCUGAAAAUGGACCCGAGUAAUGCUGAAUUGGAGAGGGUCAGCAACAGCUCUGCUGAGAGCCUCAGCCCACCUUUCAGGAGUGUGCAUGUCAGCUUCACAGCCAGCUCCACCGACAGCCUCGACUCAGACACGCGAACCGGCAGCGAUGGCGGGCACUCAUCGGAGCCGAACCACUCCCCUGCUGCAGCUGAGAGCCAAGCGUUUCCCCCUGUCCCUUUUGCUGCUGACUCCUGUGAGGACGGUCCUCCCUCUGCCCCCUGCCACCCGCCCCCUCUGCCCCAGAAGAAGACAGUGAGCAGAGCUGUAUCCUCCCCGGAUGGCUUUUUCUGGGGACCGGCCUCUUCGGGCAGAGCAGCCAGCACCGCCAGCCCCAGGCUGAACGUGAGCCACUCUGACAGCAAUGUCUGCCUCCGCGAGGAGUCUCCCUUUGGCUCCCCGGCAUGCCUGGGGGGUCCCCCUGGUGCCUUCUCCUCCUCUGAGUCCUUGGAGAAAGGCUUGAAAGGAAACGGCUCCUGGGGCUCGGCUGCUAGGAAAAGAACCGGGGCCUGCAUCCCCAGCAGAAACCACCAGGCCCUUUCCUCCUCGCAGCUCAGUGUGUCCAGCCAGCUGUCUUCGGGCUCCAGCCUUCAGCUCCACAACCUCCUCAGCAACAUCGACAGCAAGGAGGGGGUGUACGCUAAGCUGGGGGCUCUCUACGCCGAGUCUGUGCGCCGCCUGGUCACCAAGUGCGAGGACUGCUUCAUGCGGGAGCAGAAGAACGAGCUGCACUUCAAUGAGAAGAACUGGUCACUCUUCAAGCUGACGUGCAACAAGCCCUGCUGCGAUUCAGGGGACGCCAUAUAUUACUGUGCCACCUGCUCCAAGGACCCCUCCACCACCUAUGCUGUGAAGAUCUGUAAAACUCAAGAGUCAAAGAUGGCUGCUUCGUACUGCAGCCCCACGGUGCCAGUCCACUUCAACAUCCAGCAGGACUGUGGACAUUUUGUGGCCUCUGUCCCCUCCAGCACGCUGCUGGCCUCGGAUGUAGGGAAAAGCGUUCCUGGGGAUGGCCUUCGUCCCUCCCGCUCUGCCAGUGAGCACAACUGCGUGGUGGUCAUCACCCGGGAGGUGCCGAGCCAGACCACUGCUGACUUUGUGAGGGACUCGGUGGCAUUGCACCAAGCCAAGCCUGAGCUGUACGAACGCCGCGUUUGCUUCUUGCUCCUCCAGCUCUGCAAUGGCCUGGAGCAUCUCAAAGAGCACGGCAUCAUCCAUCGUGACCUGUGCCUGGAGAACCUCCUACUUGUCCCCUGCAAGCCCCCCAUGAGCUGUGUGAAAGCCAAAGAUGACAAACACUUACCCCGCCUCAUCAUCAGCAAUUUUUUGAAAGCCAAACAGAAGCCAGGAGCCGGAGACUCCAAACUGAAGAAGAGCCAGGCCCGGCUGGCCCCGGAGAUUGUGUCGGCUUCUCAGUACAAGAAGUUUGAUGAGUUUCAGACUGGCAUUCUUAUUUACGAGCUGCUGCACCAGCCCAACCCCUUUGAGGAGAAGGUGCACCUCAGGGAGCAGGAGUACAGCCCCGAGGACCUCCCUGCUCUGCCCAGCCUGUCCAUCUACUCCCGGGGGCUCCAGCAAUUGGCCCACCUGCUGCUGGAAGCGGAUCCCAUAAAGCGCGUGCGGAUCACCGAGGCCAAGCGGAUGCUGCAGUGUCUGCUCUGGGGGCCCCGGAAGGACCUCACUGAGCAGCCCCUCAACCAUGAGGAGGCCCUCUGCCAGGCACUGCAGAACUGGGUCGACAUGAAGCGUGCCCUGCUGAUGAUGAAGUUUGCUGAGAGGGCCGUGGACACGGAGCGGAGCAUCGAACUGGAGGACUGGCUGUGCUGCCAGUAUUUAGCAUCCACCGAGCCUGCCUCUCUCUUGCACACGCUAAAACUCCUGCAGCUGCUCUGACCUCAGGGGCUCCUGAUUUCCUCGCGGCUAAAGGUACAGAGCCCUUUGUACGUGAAAGGCAUGAAUGUCAGCUGUGAAUGUGCAUUUAGCUCCUGCCCUGCACUCCGAUCCACAUCAGACGUGUUUACUACCUUAAGGACUGUCCGUUGUGAGCAGGUGAAACUGGGAACCUACCCCAUUUGGGGGGAAUUUAUUUUUUUCUUUUGGUAUGGUAAGUCUGUGGACUAAUAAACUCCUGCCUCUGUGUGUGUGUGUUUCCAGUGA